AAUGCAAGUUGCGGAAGUUAAAUUUGAAGUACUGUUUUCUCAAUUGAAGUUGUGAAGAGUGAUUUCUGUUCACAGAUUGGAAAUAAUGGAGUCAGGAGCCAAGGCUGGGAAAGGAGGGCGUAAAGGAGGCGCCAAGAAGAAAAGCGUGUCCAAAUCUCUCAAGGCUGGCCUUCAGUUUCCUGUAGGACGAGUGGCCAGAUAUCUUAAGAAGGGCAGAUAUGCAAAGAGGGUUGGAUCUGGUGCUCCCAUUUACAUUGCUGCUGUGAUGGAAUACUUAGCUGCAGAAGUGCUGGAGCUCGCUGGUAACGCUGCCAGGGAUAACAAGAAGAACAGAAUCAUCCCCAGGCAUAUCCUUCUCGCUGUGAGAAAUGAUGAAGAAUUGGGGAAAUUGCUGGGCGGAGUAACCAUUGCUCAUGGCGGUGUUCUGCCGAACAUUCACCAGGUUCUCCUCCCCAAGAAGUCCACCGCUGCUUCGGAGAAGGAGCCAAAGUCUCCCAAAAAGAAGUAAAUUUUACUUAUGCCCCCUGGAUUUAAGCGCUUUGAUAAUCGGUGUUUUGAAACACCACAGAUGUAAUUAGCUUGUUAUACCUUUUCGAUUACAGGAUAUCGUAUGUUUUUCUUUGAACUCA